GCUGCGUGGAGGCGGGGCGGGGGCGGUGUCACGGCGGCGCGCUGAGGGGAUGCCGCGGGAUCAUGGCGCAGCCGCCGCCGUUCCCCAACCGCCUCCCGCCGCCCUUCCGCGCCUUCCCGCCGCCCUUCCCCGGCCCCGCCGUCUGCCCAGCGCCCUUCCCGGUGGGGCCGGUAGCACCCCCGCCUUUCUUCUUGCCGCCGCCUCCGGGUGAGGGCGGGCCGCGCUUCCCGCCGGGUGUCCCCUACUUAGCGGCGGCGCCGCCGCGGGCAGCGGCCGAGGAGGAGGCUGUGCAGCGGCAGCAGGAUGAGCUGUGGCUGUCGCAGUUCCUGGGCCGCCGCCGCGCCGCUCCCCCGCCGCCGCCGCCGCCCGCCGCCGCCAGCCCCAGCAGCGCCCGGGCCGUGGCGGUGGCGGCGCUGGCGCGGGUGGCGCGGGUGACGGCGCUCUGCCGGGCCCUGCGGCGCUGCGAGGCCGAGGGCGACCAGCCGGGCUGGGCCCGCGCGCGGGAGGAGGCGGAGGCGGCGCUGCGGGAGCUGCGGGAGAUCGUGCGGCCCCUGCGGGAGCCCGGGUACGGCGAGGCGCUGCGGAGGAAGGCCGAGAGGGCGAGGAAGAGGAGGCUGCGCCUGCAGCGGAGGAAGCACGAAGCCAGGGCGGCCAAGGAGGAGGAGGCGGCCCGGGCCGCCGAGCGGGAGGCCAAGAUCGACCAGUGGCGGGCUAAGUGCAUCCAGGAGGUGGAGGAGAAGAACCGGGAACAAGAGCUGAAGGCUGCUGCUGACAGUGUCCUGUCUGAAGUCCGGAAGAAACAAGCAGAUACGAAGAGGAUGAUGGACGUCCUGCGCGGGUUGGAAAAGCUUCGGAAGCUGAGGAAAGAAGCUGCUGCCAGGAAAGGUGUUUGUCCACCUCCUUCAGCAGAUGAAGCAUUUGAAAAUCAAGUGGAGAGUCUCAAAACGUUGCUCAAAACUCGCACAGAACUGUAUGAAGCUGAGGAAAGAGCAUUAAGGGUUAUGCUGGAGGGAGAACAGGAGGAGGAAAGGAAGAGGGAAAUGGAAAAGAAACAGAAGAAGGAAAGGGAAAAACUACUACAGCAGAAACUGGAAAUGGAUUCCAAGCUGUUUGGGGAUCCAGCUGAAUUCCCACUGGCCCAUCUACUGCAGCCUUUCAGGGACUACUACUUACAAGCUGAACAUUCUGUAGCAGCUCUAAUCCAGAUCAGGCAUGAAUGGGAUCAGUACUUGGUGCCAGCUGACCACCCUGAAGGAAGCUGCAUCCCUCCAGGAUGGGUUCUCCCGAGUCUCCCCACCAAUGACACUUGGGCCACUGCUGUCAGAUAAUUUAGUAAUAAAUUAUUUCAACGUUGGAGGAUUGCUUCAUUAUAAUUACGUGUAAAUAUGAAAGGGUCCAAAGAGGAAGUCUCAUCCUCUCUUUCGACAGCCAGGUACUGGAAUGUCUUUACUGGAAUGCCUUGAAAAAAAGUUUAAGAAUUGUUUUUGCUGAUUGACUGUGCAGGGAGAUAGCUGAGCAAGCCCAGAGCUGCCAGGCCUCUCAUGGUGUGGAAUUACAAUCCAGCUGUGAGUUCUUGUUAAAUCUUGGUCUUAAUAAAGGAACAUUGCUGAUGGUGGUAUUUGUGCCAGUAUUAACAUCCUAUUUUUGGUGGCUUUUAUCUUUAUAAAGGAUGAUGAAAAACAGAAAUGAAGAAUUUAAAAAAAAAAAAAAAAGAAGAGUUCAUUAGUAAACAUGUUUUCCUUCUUAAGUGAAGCAUGUCGAGCAUCACUGUCAAAAUAGUUGCUGUAUUUUUGGGUGUAGAGACAAACCUAUUACAAGUUUAAACGAAUUCUGAAGUACAAACAAGACAGGGUUUUUCAAGGUUGAUUAAAGCAGCUGUUGACGUUUUACUUUUGUGGACUAAAACUGAUACCAAAACAUGGAAAAAAUUCCCAGUUGUGGUGAAAGAGGUCAGACAGCCAUGUGAAUAAAUAAAAAUUUGAUGAGUAAGCCUGCUGGAAAAAAAUCUAAUAAAAUCUGAAGUCUAAUCUAUUGUAAGUGUUUUGACUAUGUAGAUAUUUUUGUAUAGGGACAUAUCAUGUCUAUAAUAUUUGAUUAAAAACCACAGCUUUA